CGCUCUUCUUGUGACCUUCGACUUGUGGAAGCAUCUAAGGAGUUAAUAUUUGGUUAAGAUACUUACAAGACUUGUACAAAACAGUGCAAAGCAUGUCCCCUUCUGGUUCUGUUAUUCCCUCAGCACCUGGACCAUCAAGUCCUCUCACAAACUCGUAUACUUACCAUUCUCCAACGCCCACAGCAGCAGGGCCAUACAUCCUUGGUGUAGAUGAGGCUGGUCGUGGCCCUGUACUUGGGCCACUCGUUUAUGGUGUUGCCUAUUGUCCUGCAUCUUGGAAGACCGACUUAGAGAAGCUUGGCUUUGCUGACUCAAAAACACUCACAUCGGAAAAGCGAGCUCAAUUGUUGGGCGUCCUUAAUUCUGAUCCUCAGAAUCUCGGAUGGUCUGUCCGAGUCAUCAGUCCGCAAGCCAUAUCGGCUGGGAUGUUGAGAGUUCCACCGACGAAUCUCAACAAACAAUCACAGGAUGCAACUGUAUUGCUCAUACGUGAAGUUCUUCAGAGUGGGCUCCAGUUGUCCGAGGUAUAUGUGGAUGCUCUGGGAAACACGACUACUUAUGAAGCCUAUCUUUCUUCCCAAUUCCCGGGAAUCGGUUUCACCGUAACAACGAAAGCAGAUUCAAAGUUCAAGAUCGUGGGAGCAGCUAGUGUGGCAGCAAAGGUGACAAGGGAUGCGUGUGUGGAUGGUUGGACCUUCGAAGAACUAAUCGAAGAAGACGGCAGUACGGUUAGGAAAGCUCGAAAAGAGGAGUGGAACAGAGAAUUCGGGAGUGGCUAUCCAUCAGAUCCAAAAACUCAAAGUUGGAUAAAGAACUCACUCGACCCUACUUUCGGUUUUCCAUCCUUGGUCCGAUUUUCGUGGACAACUGUUAAAGUCGUGCUGGAGAAAUCUGCGCAUUCUGUGAAAUGGAUCGACGAGGGGCAGGAGUCAUUAAUGAAGGCAUUUGAGGGCGGAAAGGGGAGGGAAAAAGACCGGUGCAUUGUCACAAAGGACCUUGGUAUCCAGAGCGUUGGAAUGCUAUAAAAAGCGCUGCGUACAUUUGCCAACUUGCAAUACUUACAGGUGCUGUGGAGCAAAUAGAACGAGUCGGAGGCUUACGGU